AUGCACCGGCAAACUCUAAACCCAGACAGCACAACAACAGUGCCCCAGAGGGCCUCUUCAAGGCAUUCAGGGGCCUCUUUAGGGCCCCCAGAGGUCUCUUUAGGGCCCCCACGGGGCUCUUCAGUGCCCAGUAGCAACCCCUCUUCAGGGGCCCCCACUUCAGGCCCCGCAGGGCAGGAUCAGACGAGUCUUUCGGGGGGGGCCCCCCAGGGGCCCCCAGGGGAAGAACACGAUGCCCGCGGGCAUCUCGCAUCUCCUUCUCCGCAGCAAGUCUCAUGGCAUACACCUCAGGAGUCGUCGAUACAGCUGGGCCCCUCAUUUUCUGCUGCACCAGAGGCAGCAGCAGGAGCUGCAGCAGGAGCAGCAAGACGUGCUGUAGCCGAGAGUGCAGCAGCAGCAACCGCAGCAGGGGAAGCGGCCGCUGCAGCCGCAGCAGCAGCGGCAGCAGACGCCGCAGCAGCCAAGACUGCGGCAGCAGCUGUAGCAGCACUAGAAGCAGCAGAAGAAGGAGAUGCUGCUCUUAAUCAUGUCUUUAUAUUUACUAACCCUACGAGCGGAGGCAACAAAGCGGCUGCCUUUACGCGAACCGCCGUCUCGCGUUUAACUCUGAGGGAGCCCUUUAAGGUGAAGGUGAUUAUUCAUGAUAUAAGAGAGGGAGCAAGCGGCAGCAAGCCAGGCUUUUUGCUGCUGAAGGCUGUUGCAGAGAGGGUACAAGGCACCAGCAGCAGCAGCAGCAGCAGCAGCAGCAGCAGCAGCGCCGAACAACACCCAACUCAACAAACCAUUCGCGUUCUCGUAGCAGGAGGAGACGGCACUGUGAUGUGGUGUUUAGAAGAAAUGCAAAAGACAGGGGUCCCUCCUCAUGUCUGUGCAGUAGGAGUUGUACCCUAUGGGACAGGCGCUGCAGGCAACGACUUCGCCAAUGCGUUUGGGUGGCGGCCGUUCAACGCUGCGAAUCCUUUCGACUCCUCACUGCACACGCUGCGCAGCAUCGUAGAGCACAGCAUGAAGGCGCGCGUUGUCUAUCAUGACCUAGUUCAGUGCUUAGAUUGUAGGGAAGUGGUGAAGGUGGAGGGGGAGCCAGUUGAGUGUUUAGGGUUUACAAUGAGUAAUUAUUUCAGCAUGGGCGUUGAAAGCCGCAUUGGGCGAGGGUUUGACAGACACCGCACGAAGUCUCAGGUCUUCAACAAAAUGCGCUACGGCAUUGAAGGCUUUAAGAAGACAUUUCUAACUCGAACUAAAAGCAUCAAUGAUAUUAUCAAACACCUGCGUGCGCUGCUGCAAGUGCCGCAGCAAAUGGGCGACGAGUGUUUAGAGUUUAUGACAUUUCGCGAUAUCCCCUCGUUGGGGCUGGAGUUUGUAUGUCUCUAA